AUGUCCCGCCAGACAUGGUGCCACUUCCAUCCUCACUUCAGGACACAAUUGAUUUUGUCUCAUUGCAGUACGGGGUGAACAGUCAGAAUAUUAAUGUUGAAACGUCUGAUGUUAAUGGUGGUGCUUCAAGUACUUUGCCUUUGCUAGGCAAAAAUAACACAGUAGUUGAUUAUCCUAAAAUUGUAAAACAAGAAGCUCAGCGCAAUUAUGUUCGAAAUGAAGAGAACAGAAGAAAAAUUGCUGGCUCGACCAUAGCAUUCACAUGUAUUGGAGCAUUUCUUCUUACAUAUGCAGCUACAGAUUUGAAUAUUCCUAGGUGGGUUGAUCAAGAGUAACUCUAUUUACCUUGCAUUGAUGAUAAUUUCAAGUAUAUUCCCUAAUGAUUUAGCUUGAAGACAUGUCACAUUUAAGAAGCAACUCUUGAAACUAGAUGUAGGGUUUCGCAAGAAGAGAGAGAGAGAGAGGCUGUUGGAAAUUUGACUGACUUUGACCAGGCAUUAAAUUUGAGAGUCAUGACCAAAGUAAAUUGUGGUUUUCUUCAAAAUCAGUUAACUAUUUAUUUGGAUCUUCCAUUA